AGUGCAUGGAGGCCCACGAGCAGAGGCAGCUGUCAGACCAGCAGAGCUCUAUCCUCUUCACCCAGCAUCAUCAGGUCCACCUGAAGCGAGAGAAGAGAAAGGAGGAGGAGCAGAGGAGGAAACAGUGGGUGGACCAGGAGCGAGAGAAGACUCUGAGCAGAUUACGCUCCUUCAGAGAGGUCAGGCGCUCUUAUUGUCUCUGCCCCGCCUCCCCCCUGCAGCUUGUUCUUCUUCUUCUUUUUAUAAAACCCCAGAGGCUGCUGCUUCAUACGCACUUAAUUCAAUAGUUCACCUCAAAAUUAAAAUUCAGCUCAUAACUACUCAACCCUGGAGUGCCUUGAUGGUGAAGAGGUUGCAGCACAUGCCACAUAAUCAUAA